AUGGAAUUUGAAGACAUAAAUGGGACUGCCACUUUACCCAGCCCGGCUAAGGCAAAAGACCCCGAAGGGUCUGACGGUUCCGAAGGCUCCGAAGGUUCUGAAGAUUUCGACUACGAGCUCAAUUAUAGCAAGGAUAUUACCGCCCCAGAAGAUGCCUAUUUUGAGGCUAUAGAAAGACGUCCAAUCCCUGUCGACAUUCAUGAACUUGGCAUCCAACUGAAUUCGAAAAGGAGAACGACUGCACAGGAGCCAACUCGUGGAGCCAGCACAGCUUGGAUUGACAUUGAUGAUAGUGGUACCUAUGAUCCAAAAAACGAACGUGCCACCCGUCCGAGGCCGGCUAAGAAAGCUAGAAUUUCACGAGAUGUCGAAGAAGACAACGUGCCGAAAACGCCAAGAUUGUACCGGCGAGUGGGUUAUAGCUUUCCUAUGACAUUCAAGUUCACACACGAGAAAUCGUUGGAAUAUCUAAGGUCUAUCAGUCCAGGUCCUUCGCUACCCAGCUAUCCUUGUAGCAGUUUCUCAGAAUCUGUCGAUCGCGAAGAUAAUGAUUCUAGCUACGGUUCAUCCAGAAGCCGCAGAAAAAUAAAGGCAUCGCAAAGCCCAAAUACUUCGGUAGCAAGGUCGGACGGUCUUACUAUAGAUCACCUAACAGAAGGUCAUCCACAACGUCGUGGCUGUAAAGGUUGCUUUAAUAUCGGCGACGACCACUGCUCCCUCAUCGAAUUCGACGAUGUGUAUCCGUGUACUGCAUGUGAGGACACUGGCAUUGACUGCGAGCUCAUAAUCCCUCCUAAUAAUGACUCUGCCACACCUAAAACUUCCAAGCAGAUGAAGAAGCAGCCAUCUCGCAGAGCAGAAGUCCCAGUUAAAAAGAAUCUUCAAGUCCCACCAGAUACUUCAAGUUCCCUAAGAUGCCAGACAAAGCACCCAAAAGCUAGUAGCAAAUGUUCCUCACUCGAGCAAAUCCCCAGCAGCUCUGCAAUCCCCCACAAAAGAAUCAAGACAUGUUUCGCCCACCCCAUCCAAUUCAACUACGUUCCUGACCCUGAAGGCAGACACCCCUGUUCCUGGUGCGACAUGCCCUUCUUUGGUCUCUGGGGCCAUGGUGAAGUAGAGGUCGAGGUCAUACCAUACGGCGGCUCGAUUGGCAACGAGGAAGUAGAAGGCGGGCAUUACGCAGCCGGCAAAGAGAGUACCAAGAUGUGCAUCACUUGCACAUUCUCCCGGCUCAGAAUCACGACCUGUGACGGGCAUAUCAUCCAGAAAAUAAAGGGCCUGGAUGUUCGGAGCUUUGAUACUAAUGAACUGAAGAAAAGUUUCAAAGCACUCACUGAUGGGGAUAACAAAGGGGGCGAGCUGGCUAGCAAGACGAAAUGGUGCAAUGUCUGCGUGGCAGUUGCAGAAUACAGAUGCUACACUCCGCCGCCUUUUGAUGAGGAAGGUAACCCUGUCCCGGAAGGAGACACCGCAAAAGGAUGCGGACUGUUCUUAUGCUUUACUUGCUACGAUACCGUCGAGCGUAUCGAGCGCAGUCGGGGCAACGCGAGAAUAAUCCUCAUGGAUACACUGGUGAGGCUACGCAAAGAGGAGCUGUGGAAACAUAAUCGGUCCAUGAGUGCCGAAGGUGGAGAUUGGGUCAGGGCCGAUGCCGAGUUCUUGACUUCGAAAGGCGAGUUGAUGGUUCGCAUGAGGCAGGCAGAGGAUAAGGGCUCCUCGGCGGGGAUGGGCAGACCCGGUGACAUGAGAGGUUCUGCCCCCGAUAGAAAGGGAGAGGAGAAAGAUAUGUCUGAGAUACAGCCUCGCAAGAGCAAUAGCGGCAAGCGCAAAGCAAAACUAGGCAAUUCCAAAUCUCACCCUCAACUUCCGGCAGGGCGAAAAGGCAAGGGCAAAGUCAAGCAACAUCCCUCUCCACCCGGCGGCGAACCCUCGUUGAAAAAGAAAAAGACCAACACCAAAUCGAAAAACCAACUCCCUCCCGUUGGAGUUGGAAAGGAAGGAAAUGGCGGCGAAAUGACUUGA